GAAAACACCUCCGCUCUAUUCAUUUAUUCCAAGACGCAACUCCGUCCCGAACAGUCGGGCUCGGGGACCUAAACUUCAUAUAUAAAUAUUUUUUAAAGUAAAUCCAGAUAACUGUCCAACAUGUCAUCUAAGACUGAGCCCGAGAAGAUAAAUGAAAUGAUGGUGGAAAAUGAAACAAAAGACGCCGAAAGUCAGAAGACGGGCCAAGACCCGCUGGAACGAGCUAUCGGCGCCAUUGGCAAGUGGCAGAUAUGGGUCUGCUUCGUAGUGUUUCUCGUCAAGUUUCCUGUGGCCUGGCACCAGAUGAGCAUCAUCUUCCUUGCACCACCGAUGAACUUCACCUGCGCAGAAGAAUCCAGCACCUUUGACAAUGUCUGCUACGCCAACUGCACAAGCUACAAAUACGACCACUCUGUCUUCAGAGAGACCAUCGUUUCACAGUGGGAUUUAGUCUGUGGACGACAGUGGUUAAAAGAUCUUACGCAGACCUUCUUCAUGCUGGGCAUCCUUGUUGGCAACAUGGUCUUCGGCCAUCUAUCCGAUCGGUUCGGUCGACGAAUGCCGUUUCUAGCAGCAGUGUUCCUGCAGUUGAUAUCAGGCGUGGCGACCGCGUAUUCGGUGAACUGGUUCAUGUUCACUGCCCUUCGAUUCAUCCUCGCCGUGGCCACUGGCGGCACCAUGGUCACCAGCUUCGUCCUGACCAUGGAACUCAUUGGCGCCAGAUACAGAGACACCGUGGGAAUCAUUUACCAGAUACCCUUCAACCUCGGACACCUAUCGCUGGCGGCGUUCGGCUACUAUCUUAGAGAUUGGGAUAAAUUUCAACUGGCUAUCUCGCUGCCUUCGAUCAUAUUCCUGAGCUAUUAUUAUUUGUUACCCGAGUCGCCGAGGUGGCUUAUCACUGCUGGAAGGACCGAUGAAGCCGUCAAGAUUAUGACAGUCGCUGCUAAGAGAAAUGGUCGGCCAACAGAAAACAUCUCUUCAACCACCCAGAAGCUCAGCGUGGACGUGAGCAAGCCCGAGCACGUGUCGUUCCUGGCGCUGUUCGCGCAUCCGCGCCUGCGCGUGCGCACGCUGGCCAUCUGCUUCAACUGGUUCGUGUGCGGCCUCUGCUUCUUCGGCGUGUCGCAGUACAUUGGACAUGUUGGCGGGAACAUCUUCACUAAUGUCGCUAUCUCUGCUGCUAUACAGGUCCCAGGCACUUUGAUCUCUAUCUACGCGAACAGAGUUCUCGGGCGGAAGAUAACGCUUAUCAGUUCCAACUGUGUCACAGGGCUAAGCUGCCUACUCAUCACCGUAGUCCCACACUCGGGGGCGAGCCACCUCUCCCUCGGUUGCAUCGGUCUCUGGGGCAUGAGCAUAUCAUUUUCCACUGUAUACUUGUACGCUGGAGAAAUAUUCCCCACAGUCGUCAGAAACUCCGGGGUAGGGUUGUCUUCAACUGUAGCCAGAGUAGGUUCCAUGGUCGCUCCAUUUGUAGCGACCCUGUCUUCGACCAGCCCGUGGUUGCCGCCUCUAGUUUUCGGCAUCACGCCGCUUGUUGGCGCUGGACUUUGCAUACUUUUACCUGAUACGAGGGGACGAAAAUUGCCUGACACUAUAGAAGAAGGUGAAGCGUGAGAACUAUAAUAAUUUAAUAUCAAUGAGUAUUCUAUUCGUUCGUGCCUUUUAUUUAUUAUGAUAAUAUUAGUUUUGUUAAUCGUUUAUUGACGUUCUCAUAAAUAAGAGGCUUAUAUUGAUUUUUGUAUGAAAGUAAUACAAGGUUGUAUUCACGAACAAGUUGUGAAAUGGCAGGUUGAUAAGUUGAUAGCAGCUGCCUUGCACGUGCAAAUGGAGACAUUUUUGACAUUUAUAUAUUUAAGUAGGUCCUGUGGCAGCAUGAUGGUUCCAUUUUUAUCACUUGUCACUUUCGCGUAGGGAUUGCAAUCCGGUCCGGCGGAUCCGGUAAUCCGGCCGGAUCCGGCACUUUUCAGGAGCUACCGGAUCCGGUAAAAAUCACCGGAUCCGGACCGGAUCCGGUAUAAUAAAAAAACGCCUAAAUACAGCACGCGCUGUGCGUUUCAGAUGAGGAAAAGGCAACGGAUACGAGGUAUGAAGUUGAACAGAACAAAAAACGAAUGAAAAAGUUUAAAUUUAGUAAGAUAAAAAUAUAUUUAUUAUGACGAUGACUGGGAACAGAAGAGGAUUUCUUCUUCUUUCAUGUUGGUGGCACGAUAUGACGAUUACAUAAAUACUGUAAUAAAAGGAAAAAUGAAAGGAUGGAGAUGCCAUAGAAGGCAUUUGUAAUUUAUGCAUUUGUAAGAUGCUUUAUGUCGUAUCAUAAUGUUGUGAUAGGAGAUUAACCGACUACAGUUGGGCUCAUCAAUAUGUGUGAAUGAAGAAUAUCUUGUUUCUCCACAAUAAAUAGGCAAUACAAUAUUUUCGAAUUCGAAAAGUAAGCAAUAUCUGUACCCCUAGUGUAAAUUUAUUCGAUAGCGAAACGUGACGUACGCGUUUGCGUUAAGUCUCAUUUUGUAUGGGAUUUAGAAACAGCGGACUUUAGUUUUCUCCGAUAUAUGUAUAUAUAUGAUAAAAAAUAAAAAUAAAAAAUAAAAUAAAUAUUAUAGGACAUUAGUACACAAAUUGACUAAGUCCCACAGUAAGCUCAAUAAGGCUUGUGUUGAGGGUACUUAGACAACGAUAUAUAUAAUAUAUAAAUAUUUAUAAAUACUUAAAUACAUAGAAAACACCCAUGACUCAGGAACAAAUAUCCAUGCUCAUCACACGAAUAAAUGCCCUUACCAGGAUUUGAACCCGGGACCAUCGGCUUCGUAGGCAGGGUGACUACUCACUAGGCCAAACUGGUCGUCAAAAAAAUAUGAUAUAAUAUAGAUUCUUUUCUAUUCAAAUUUAAGAGAGAAUCUUUUGUCUUUACAAUUACAUCCAAUCUAAUGGAAUUUCCUUCAACUCCUGGUACAUGCUACUCUACGUCUAGCCAAUUCUUUAUUUGAUCUAUGUAACUUUUCUUAGGGAGUCCCUUUCCGCGAUGGUUUUCAAUCAUACAUUCUAUUAUUUUUCGCAUAAGAUCGUCGUGUCAUGUGUUGUUCCUUAUAAUUUGACCAAUAUACUUUUCAAUAAAUUAAAAAAAGUACAAUUUUUUAAGUCAUACAGUCUACUACUUUUUCGGACAAAUAAAUUAGAGCAAGAUAAUACUAGAGCGCAUUUAAUAUCAUAAUUGGUUAAAAGUAAAAUAUCUUCGUUAAAAGUAAUAAAUAAUAGUAAGCGUAGGAGUUUAAAAUAGAGUUCCGGUUACUCUGGUUAUAAUAUUAGCGGAAAAUCGUUGAGCAUUAGACUUUUUGUUUGCCGCGAUAUCUAUUGUCGAGUAGCAGUACUGAGAGUUCCGCUACUCGAUGCUAGAUGUCGACUACGAAAAUAAUAAGCGUUUUGGUACCAAAACUGAUGUAUGGAGUGAGCACUCUAUGUACUUCUUAUUUCUCUAUGCUAGAAUGGAUGUCAACGUUAGAGUUUGUGAGGAAAGAGAAGAGUCGUGGAAUGUAUGGGCCCCAAUACAUCCCACGACUCUUCUCUUUCCGAACAGACUCUACAAAGAAUUCAAUCAAAGAACAGUUACGAAAACUUGUUCUUUCAAGGAGCUCCAAUUCCCACCCCACAUCCCAUCUUGCUUUGGAAACUAAUGAAAUUUAUAGUUGUAAACGAAAAUUUGAGCACUUUAGAAUGGUUAAAUAUAAUAAAUUACCGAUUUAAAAUUUUGUUUUUAAAAUGAUAUUGACAUUGUGACACUUUUUAAUACCAAGUUCUAUUUUAUUGUUAUGAAGUUAUUUAUUAACUUCAAAUUAUAGAUUUAGGAAUACGUAUUACGCAAAAAACUAGAAAAAUAUGUCAUUUAAUUAACUUUUAUAUCCCUAUACCAAACCGGAUCCGGUCCGGCCGGAUCCGGCCGGAUUACGGCCAAAAUCCGUCCGGAUCCGGCCGGAUUGAAAAUCAAUCCGGUUUGCAAUCCCUACUUUCGCGCUUACAUACUUAUUGGAAUGUGACAGGCAAGUUGACAAAUGAUAAAGAGCCGACCAUCUUAGCCCUACUGACAGUAGUCUAUUAGACUGUGGGUCUAUUAUUUCAUAGGCUGUGAUAAUUUGUGAAUUGUGAAUACGUGUAUUACGUAAAGGAUUAAUAGGAAAUAAAGAAGAAAUUUUCAUUUUA